AAGGGUGAGAUUAGCAUAUUAAUAAGGCUGUUGCUAAUCGCUUACCCUCCCCCUUUCCUCCUCCCUUCAGUCCCCCUCCCCUCCCUCCAAUGAAUCUAGGAAUAGAGACACUGGCAGUCACAUUGCGGCUGGUUGGUCGCCUUCCUUCUGCCUGCUUGUCUAGGGAAAAAGGUGGCCUCGCCUUGAAACAAUCGAAGCAGGAGAAGACCCUUGAAAUGGAAAGACUAUAAGCGCCUUGCUGCCCGAUCGCCAAGGGAGGGGCUCGCUGCUGGAGAGGGGGAGUGAGGGUCUUUUCAGUUUUGGCUUACACCUCUGCACCAAAGUGAAGAAAAGGGACUAACCGGGAUUCCUCCUGCUGCCGCAGCCACCGCCACCAAGCCCUUUCAAGUGGCAGACUUCCCAGCCCUCCCCCAGGAGUCAAUACUACUGGAGAGAGCUGAAUUGGAUCAUUGUAACGCCGGAGCCUGGCACGACCCCUGCACAAUUGUGUGUAUGUGGCUCUUGGAUUUGUCAGGGCAGCAGGCCCGGAAACAAGCAGGUGUUACGUAUAUGGAGAGGAGCGGCUGUAGCCCAUUUCCAAUAUGCUGGGCUAAAGAAUAUGACAGAUACCUAGCAUCUAGCAAAACGAUGGCAGCAGCUUAUCUAGACCCAAACUUGAAUCACACGCCAAGCUCAAGCACAAAAACACACCUCAGUUCUGGGGUGGAACGUUCUCCAGGGACAAUGGAACGGGUCCUGAAGGUUUUCCAUUAUUUUGAAAGCAACAGUGAACCAACAACGUGGGCCAGUAUUAUCCGACAUGGAGAUGCCACAGAUGUUUGGGGCAUAAUUCAAAAGAUAGUGGACUGUCACAAAGUAAAAAAUGUAGCCUGCUUUGGUUUACGACUUAGUCACCUACAGUCUGAGGAAGUUCAUUGGCUGCAUCCGGAUAUGGGGGUCUCAAACGUGAGAGAGAAAUUUGAACUAGGACAUGCACCAGAGGAAUGGAAAUAUGAAUUGCGAAUUCGAUACUUACCGAAAGGAUUUCUGAGCCAGUUUACUGAAGAUAAGCCAACGUUAAAUUUUUUAUACCAGCAGGUGAAAAAUGACUAUAUGCUAGAGAUAGCAGAUCAGGUGGACCAGGAAAUUGCCUUGAAGCUAGGUUGCCUUGAAAUCCGGAGAUCAUACUGCGAAAUGAGAGGCAACGCAUUGGAUAAGAAGUCAAACUAUGAAGUCUUAGAGAAAGAUGUCGGUUUGAGAAGAUUUUUUCCAAAGAGUUUACUGGAUUCAGUAAAGGCCAAAAAUCUUCGAAAAAUGAUUCAGCAAACGUUUCGACAAUUUGCCAAUCUCAAUAGAGAAGAAAGUAUUUUGAAAUUCUUUGAGAUUCUCUCACCAGUAUACCGAUUCGAUAAGGAAUGCUUCAAGUGUGCCCUUGGAUCUAGCUGGAUUAUUUCAGUGGAAUUGGCCAUCGGUCCAGAAGAAGGAAUCAGCUAUCUUACAGACAAAGGCUCUAAUCCUACCCAUUUGGCAGAUUUCCAUCAAGUACAGACCAUUCAGUAUUCAACUAAUGAAGACAAGGACAGAAAAGGAAUGCUGCAAAUGAAAAUUGCUGGAGCACCAGAGCCUCUGACAGUGACGGCACCAACCUUAACCAUUGCAGAGAACAUGGCUGACUUGAUAGAUGGCUAUUGCCGACUGGUCACGGGGGCGACACAGUCUUUUAUCAUCCGACCCCAGAAAGAAGGCGAAAGAGCUUUACCAUCCAUACCAAAGCUGGCCAACAACGAAAAGCAAGGAAUACGAUCACAUACCGUCUCUGUAUCAGAAACUGAUGACUAUGCAGAGAUCAUAGAUGAAGAAGAUACGUACACCAUGCCUUCAACCAGGGAUUAUGAGAUUCAAAGAGAGCGGAUUGAACUGGGACGCUGCAUCGGUGAAGGGCAGUUUGGCGAUGUCCACCAAGGAGUUUAUGUCACUCCAGAAAACCCGGCCAUGGCAGUUGCAAUCAAAACGUGCAAAAACUGUACCUCGGACAGCAUAAGAGAGAAAUUCUUGCAAGAAGCCUUAACGAUGCGUCAGUUUGAUCACCCUCACAUUGUGAAGCUGAUUGGCGUUAUUACGGAAAAUCCCGUCUGGAUCAUUAUGGAGCUCUGUACCCAGGGAGAGCUGAGAUCGUUUCUGCAAGUCAGAAAAUACAGCUUGGAUCUGGCAUCCUUGAUACUUUAUGCUUACCAACUUAGCACAGCACUGGCCUACUUAGAGAGCAAACGGUUUGUACAUAGGGAUAUUGCUGCUAGAAAUGUGCUAGUGUCCUCUACAGAUUGUGUGAAACUAGGUGAUUUUGGUUUGUCUCGAUAUAUGGAAGAUAGCACAUAUUAUAAAGCUUCAAAAGGAAAAUUGCCCAUCAAGUGGAUGGCCCCAGAAUCCAUCAACUUCCGACGUUUUACCUCAGCCAGUGAUGUCUGGAUGUUUGGUGUAUGCAUGUGGGAAAUCUUAAUGCACGGCAUCAAGCCUUUUCAAGGAGUGAAGAACAAUGACGUGAUUGGCCGGAUCGAAAACGGCGAGCGGUUGCCGAUGCCGCCCAACUGCCCGCCUACUCUCUACAGCCUCAUGACCAAAUGUUGGGCUUACGAUCCCAGCAGGCGACCACGAUUUACAGAACUGAAGGCUCAGCUGAAUACGAUCCUGGAGGAGGAGAAGCUGCAGCAGGAAGAACGAAUAAGGAUGGAAUCCAGGCGACAAGUCACCGUGUCCUGGGAUUCUGGAGGGUCGGAUGAAGCUCCUCCCAAGCCCAGCAGACCCGGUUAUCCUAGUCCAAGAUCAAGUGAAGGAUUUUAUCCCAGUCCACAGCACAUGAUACAGCCCAAUCACUACCAGGUUUCAGGCUAUCCCGGUUCCCAUGGAAUUCCAACCCUGGCAGGUAGCAUUUAUCCAGGACAAGCCUCUCUUUUGGAUCAGACAGAUUCCUGGAACCAUCGGUCUCAAGAAAUAUCCGUGUGGCAACCCAACAUGGAGGAUACUGGCAGUUUGGAUAUGCGCGGGAUGGGACAGGUCCUACCAGCACAUCUAAUGGAAGAGAGAUUGAUACGACAGCAACAAGAAAUGGAGGAAGACCAAAGAUGGUUGGAAAAGGAGGAGAGAUUUCUGAAACCCGAUGUGAGGCUGUCGAGAGGGAGCAUUGAUCGAGAGGACGGAGGACUCCAGGGUCCGGCUUCCAACCAGCACAUUUAUCAGCCUGUGGGCAAACCAGAUCAUGCUGCCCCACCCAAAAAGCCACCACGCCCCGGAGCUCCCAGCCACUUGGGCAGCCUUGCCAGCCUCAACAGCCCCGUGGACAGCUACAACGAAGGGGUUAAGCCAUGGCGGAUUCAGCCUCAGGAGAUCAGCCCUCCUCCAACUGCCAACUUGGACCGCUCAAACGAUAAAGUGUAUGAGAACGUCACCGGCCUGGUAAAGGCGGUUAUAGAAAUGUCUAGCAAAAUCCAGCCAGCGCCACCUGAGGAGUAUGUCCCCAUGGUGAAGGAAGUGGGUUUGGCCUUGCGAACUUUAUUGGCAACAGUUGAUGAAACCAUUCUGGUCCUCCCAGCAAGCACUCACAGAGAGAUCGAGAUGGCUCAGAAACUCUUGAAUUCUGACCUGGCGGAGUUGAUUAACAAGAUGAAGCUGGCUCAGCAGUACGUGAUGACUAGUUUGCAGCAAGAAUACAAGAAGCAGAUGCUGACCGCAGCUCACGCCCUCGCAGUAGAUGCCAAAAACUUAUUGGAUGUUAUCGACCAAGCCAGGCUAAAAUCUCUCGGCCAGUCUAGGCCUCACUAGAAGCCGAGAUCAAGGGAUUUUGCAUUUGCAGAAGUUUUGAGAAAGGAUCCUUGCCGAAUAAGCAAAGGGGCAGCAACUCCUUCGGCAGGAAUGAGAGUGGACGGCUCAGCUCAGGAGUAACAACUCGUCGGUUCUCUCAAGUAUUUUUUUUUUUUUUUACAUCAACGCCAAGAAAAAAUCCAAAAACUGAAACAAGGCAACAAAAUCUUAGCAACCCUUUCAGGUUUUUUUGUUUUUCCUUCACGUCAUUCAGAAUGUGAAAUUUUUUUGAGACGAAUUGCUUUUUCUUUCUUCCAAACAACAAAGAAAAACUGACAAAAGGAACUCUUUUUUUUUUUUUUAAACUGCAAAUCCGAAAUCGUGUGAAGAAUUCUGGGACACCCAAGGGCUGAGAAUUCUUUCCAAUGUUAUGAACUGCUGUCGACUGGAACCCUUUUUUUAUUGGAACACUUAAUGAUGCCACACACACACACCCACACACAAAUGCUAAUCACAAUUUACAGAGAUUAAAAAAAAAGCUAUAUUUUCAAAGUAUGUCAUUUCAAGGCAAAUUUUAAAAAAAAAUCAUGUUUUCCUACUUCCAUGUGGAUGUAUGCGAACCAUUAUUGGGACAGAACGUAGCUGUAGAGAACACAAGAACUCUUUGUCUUUUAUCACCAGAAUAACAUGCCCCGCCCCUUUUUUUGUAGGUGUUUUUCCUUCCAAGUAAGAAAUGGAGCUGCAUUUAGAAGUUCUGUAACCAUACAUGUCCCCCCUCCCACCCACCCCCAUUUUUAUAUAAUUUAUAAAGAAAGAUUAAAGCCAUGAUAAAUAUUUUAAAACUGCUUGAAUUCAACUCAUCAAGUGCCUGACUGUGGAACUGUUUUAAGAAUGCAUGUAUAUCCUUUUGCGGGAGAGAAUGAGGCAUUGUUGAAGUCUGCAAAAUUGCAAAUCUUCAAUAAAAGGAGAAAGGAGGUGCCAAA